AUGCACGAUUACCUCGGAGACCUUAAAUUUUCAGGUUGUUGGUUAAAACUGAUUUCCAGGCUCAGGAUGUUCAAGAAGUUCGAUGAGAAGGAGGACAUAACUGGAGCAACCCAGCUGAAAUCUUCCAUUCAGAAAGGAAUCAGGAACAAAAUAAUUGAAUCGUAUCCACAUAUCGAACCAUUUCUAGCCGACAUCCUACCUAAAAAGGAGACUUUCAAGAUGAUAAAAUGCAAGGAUCACAUAGAGUUAUUGACAGAUCAUAACAAUGUCGUACAGUUCUUGAAGACAAGGAAUACAGAAUGGGUCCCUACACUUCGCCUACUUCACAAGUAUCCCUUCAUCAUGCCCCAUCAACAGGUUGAUAAGGGAGCUAUCAAAUUCGUCCUAAAUGGAUCGUCUAUUAUGUGCCCUGGAUUGACUUCUCCUGGUGCAAAGAUGACACCUGGUGUUCCAGCCAAUACUGUCGUAGCCAUCAUGGCUGAGGGUAAACAACACGCUUUGGCGAUCGGACAGAUGAAAAUGAGCUCGGAAGAGAUUCAGUCAGUGAAUAAAGGUAUAGGUAUCGAGAGUAUACACUAUUUGACAGAUGGCCUAUGGAGAUUAGCCGAGAAACCUAUAAGUUAG